AUUCUUGUACGAUGUGCUCAACUCAAACCAACGCUCGAGUCCCCGUUCCCCACGCCCCGCUCCGCUCCGCCUCCCCAACCCCACGCAAUGCCUCCUCUCCUAGAUCCUGCCGCCUCCCCUCGCGCCUUUUGCAUCCCGCCGCGCCGUCGCCGCCUCCGCUUGCCGUGGGCACCUGCUUCUGCCUUCUCCCGCCACCGGCCACUGAUCCACGGGAUGGCCUCCGAAGCCGCCGACGCUCCCGGUGUGGCACGGGCCGUGGCUACGCCCGAGGGGGACGGCGGUCCUGUCUCAUCCGUGCUCCACUUCCGAGCCCCCCAAGUUCCCACGCCCGCCUGAGCACAGCGUCGCUGCGCUUGCUCUUCGCCUUCGAUACGCGAGUUUCGAUUAAAGCGAUUGGUUCUGGUGGUCCCCUCUGGAGCCUGUGCGCCGCGGACUGAAGCAUGGAGGAGCCGGGCCUCCGUCGCCCCUCUCCAUCGCCACCGCUUGCUCCCGCAGGAUACAGAUCCAGCCCGCGGUUCGGAGGAAGGGGGCGUGCUCGCCGCCGUGCUGCAGGACCUCAGGCUCGCCGGCUGCGGCCGGAAGCAUCGAGCAACCGGUGGCCGGCGUCGGCUCCGAUGGAGCCUGCUCCAACCCGGUGCGGCUGCUGCUCUGGCCACGCCGCCGAUGAGGGGUCGGCAAGCAGAGCAACGGCCGGCGGUGGCAGUCGCUCGGGCUGGCCGCAAGGCCUGCUGCUGGUUGUGGUGGAUCUGGCGUGCGUGGAGACGCUGGGCCGAGCGCUGGUGGUCUGCAGCUGCAGCUGCGCUGCCAGUUGGUUAUGCCACCGUCCGGAGCGGCACAGUGCAGUCUCAGGCCGUAGGUGAAUGUGAUGUUGUGUCCGUGGCUUCGACCUACGCCUAGGCGUUCCGGGUUGAUCCGGAGAAGGUGCUUCAAGACAAGAAGCAAGCGGCAACCGACCUAGCUUAACAAGGCCUACAUCCAGAAUCUUGAGAUGAGCCGCAUGAAGUUCGAGUAGCUGGUGCACGAGCUCCAUCAAGCCGACAGGCCUACUACUAAUCGAGGGUUCAAUUGCUGAAUUCCUAGUCAUAUGUUUGUUUGCUUUAUGGGUUAUCAGGUGAUAACUCGAAAACACAGGUCAGCUGCAGUUCCAAAUAUGAAAUACUUGUCAAUGUUUGCUGGCCUGCAGUUUCAAAUAUUCCAGCGACUUACAGAAAUAUAUAUGUGAUUUAUAUGUGUUCAUAUAGUUCAAUUUUAGUGAUGAAAGUAGGAACGGAAAAAUCCCGUACCACACCGAAUACCGUUUAAACUAACCGAAUACUAUAUUUUCAGUAAAAUACGAAAUCAGGAAAAAAUACAGGAAAAAAUGGUGAAAACAGGAACGAAAAUGGUUAGAUUAAUUUCCUGACCGAAUUUUCGGUUACCAUUUUCCAGUCAGGAAUUCCCGAUUUUUUUCCCGUUUCCUUCCCGUAUGGAAAAUACUAUGCCACUUGACCUGUCUUGGGUCGGCUUUAUAGCUUCAUCAGCGCACGCACGGAUUGCCUGUAAGACGAGGCGGGACUAAAUUGUGGUCACUGCGACGAUGCUGCCUCACUGCGCAUGCAAAGCACGGCCUCACGCGUGCAUGCCCGUGGCCCGUGGGCCAAGGCCUGAUAGGCCGAUAGCUGGUUAACCUGCUGCCUGUGCUGCAUCGUGCUCGCUGCCCCUUUGUUGCCCACUGGUUAGAAAUCUACCGAAGGUCCAGGUUUGCUCCUUCUUUUAUUUUCAUUUCCAUUUUCUUUGUUGGCUCGAACGUUCGAUUCAUUGAUCUUCCCGGUUUGAAGUACGGCUCCCGACCGUUAUCGUUUUGUUCCCGAUUGAAUUAUUUCGUUUCCGUAAUUCCGUAUAUCCGAUUUCGUUUUCCCAACCAGUGUUCCUGUUCCCGUACCUGUAACCGAAUAAAAAAUAUGAAAACGAAAAUGGUUGGAGUGUUUUCCCGACCGUUCCCGACUGUUUUCAUCAAUUUAUGUCUGCUUGUGACUUCAAAGUGAAAUACGAGUUCUCUCCAUGGUCUCUCCAUGAAUGUACAUUUUACCUGAGAUACUCUGAUGCCUCCUACACGUGAAGAGAGCCUUUGGAGAUGACCACAAUCUCCAUCUAGCUGCGUCCUCCCUGAGGUAUUCAUCCCAGCAAUUUUUUUUGGAUAUCAUGAUGCCAUGAUUUCAAUAAUCUUUCAGCUUGAGAAUUUAAGUACCUGAUUCUAUAAGCUUGCAAUCAUUGUUUAAAGCACCUCGUGAACUCUACCUUUAAAUUGAUAUAGGUAUGGUUUUCUUUCUUUUUAGUAUUCUGAGAUCUUAUAUGAUAUGCUUGGAAUCUGUAUGCAAUGUUGCCUCAAUUCUAGGUAUUUUUUCUCUGCUGCAGUGCUUAAAAUUCUUGGUGUCAAAGAUGUCCUUUGGAGGUUUUCUGUUUCCAAAUUAUCAAUUUGGAGAGCUUUCUCUUGAAGUCAACAAGAUCGAAAUUGGACAGUUUGGAGAGUCUCAGUCAACCUUAAAUCAGCUCCUAGGUCAUGAGUUUCUUGCAACAGCCGAACAUGUCUGGGAUCUUUGAAAUGUGUAAGCAGAUCAUUGGCAUGCAGUGUUGCUUAUAUUUCUAUGGAACUGCAAUAAGCAGCUUGCGUAAAAAAUAUGGAUUAAAUUUGAUUUUGCUCUAUGAAUGUGGUUGUGUAAUCAACAAACUCUAUGUUACAUCUUCUUUAUGUGAAACAUAUAUUUCUUAUUUUGGACUAUGGAUCAUGUGUUUUUUUUGUAUGUCUGAAAUGCUUCGUAUUUUCAAUUUUGUUUGCUAGGCCUCUGCUUGACAUUUAGUUGUAUAAUCUUGAAAUUCUAUAUUAAUAACCCAUUAAUAAAAUCAUGUGAAGAGUACUGACAUGUAUAAACAUGUGGAAUUAGACUGGAAUGAAAUUGGGCUUGUGGCCUGGCUCUUGGAAAAUGUGGGAGUCAUUCAACCUUAUGACAUUCUUUUUGGCUUCUUCUAGCUGUUAGAGAAACUUUACAUGCAGAACUCAUGAUUUCAGUAGCAUCAACCUAGAAAAUUCAAUAACUGCCAGAUAGAACUAGGAUUUUAGGAAUGCAUACUUGGUUAAUCUGAACUUCAAUGUAAUUCACGAAACAAAACUGAUAAAGUUAAAGCAGCCUGAAAAUUAAUGUAAAUUUUAGUUUGCUCAAACCUGUAUCAUCUAAUCAGUAUGAAAUUUACUCGAACUUAGUUUUGAUCUAAAAAAAAAUGCAACAUGGUUUUGCGCUCGAUCUGUUUAACUUUGUUGCAGCUAUGACAGUCCUACUCUUGCAAUGUUGAAAACCUGCAUGCAUCUAUGUCCUAAAAGACAUGUACAUAUAUUUAGGGACUGGACAACGACAAUAGCUGCAUGGGUGGUGAAUCUUGAGAUGAUAUAAAUAGAAUAACAAAAGCUAGAUGCACUUGGACGAUUGAAGGAACAUGAGUUAAGCACUGCAUAGAAAAAAUCGGCAGUGGACUUGUCUUGCUGGCCAGGCAACAGCAACAGCAUCGCUGUUUUUUGGAGUCCCAUCUUGAUAGUUGUUGCCUAAUUGUCUUUGAUGUCUAACUGGAUAUCACUAUAUAUAUCAAACAAUUUUGUGUACACAAGUAGUUUGGUUAGUAGUCUGUGUUCUUUCUCUCCCAGAUGGACAUAUGUGCCAAUUUACAGCAAAUUGGGUUUCUAAUGGCUGAAAUUCGGAUUUUCAUGACCUGGUUUGCACCUAAUAUUUUCCCGUCAAAGAAUGGGUUGCAAUUGUGAAUUUCCAAUACAGGUCUUGCAGUGUACUUUGAGAAUUUAAGAUUAUAUUGUAUCAAAAUAAUUUAUGAAAGCUUGAACAAUUGUAUUAUAUAUGUUUUUGUUGGAGAAUAAUCAAAGUCGUGCCAUGAUGUUGCUGUUUUUAGGCUUGUUGAUGAUAUGCAGUUCUGUUAAGCCGUGUACUUAUCUCUCAUUUGCUCAAGUUGACAAAAGGAGAGUGAAUGCACUUGUUUUGGACUAUGGAUUAAUUGUUGUUUUUUGUAUGUCUGAAAUUUAUUCGUAGCGUUAGCACGGGCAUGCUUACUAGUAGGGGUAAGUGUGCGUGCGUUGUGAGUGUCUGAAUUGUACUGUGUAAUUAAAAAAACAGAGAAAAAAACAUGGGUGUAUCAAGAAUGAUUCCCUUCACCAAGAAAUCAAACCUCACGAACUAGACAACCUGCAUCCAUGGAGCUAAGCACAAUCUCCCUCCUCUUCCUAAUCCUACCUCUCAUCUCCCUGCUAAUCCUUGCACCAUCACAUAGCCGCCGCGGCGGCGGAUCCAGAGCGGAAACCUACAGGAAAAGACGCCCCCCUGGUCCAUGGGGUCUCCCCUUCAUCGGAAGCAUCCACCACCUGCUCACCUCGCAGCCGCAGGCAGCCCUCCGCGAGCUGGCCAAGAAGCACGGGCCGGUGAUGUACCUGCGGCUGGGGCAGGUCGACACCGUCGUGGUCUCCUCGCCGGAGGCGGCGCAGGAGGUGCUUCGGGCCAACGACAUCAACUUCGCGUCCCGGCCAAGCCUGCUCGCCGCCGACAUCAUCUGCUACGGCAACCUCGACAUCGCCUUCUCGCCCUACGGCGACUACAGGCGGGCGCUGCGCAAGCUCUGCACGCUCGAGCUCUUGAGCGCGCGCAAGGUGAAGCAGUUCGCGGGCAUCAGGGACAGGGAGACCAUGUCCCUCGUCGCGGAGGUCCAGGCCGCCGCCGCCGCCGCCGGCGGCCAGCCGGUGAACCUCGGCGGCUUGCUGAUCUCCUGUACCAACUCCAUCACUGGGCUGGCGACGUUUGGCCACUUCUGCAGCGGCGCGAGGACGAAGCGGUUCCUGUCAGCGAUGAACGAGGCGCUCAAGUACUCCUCGGGAUUCUGCGUCUCGGACCUCUUCCCGUCGAUGUGGUUCCUGGACGUCGUCACCGGGACGAGAUACCAGCUGCGGAGGGCGCACCGUCAGCUCGACCAAGUAUUCGACGAGAUCAUCGCAGAGGGCGAGGCACGAGCAAGACGGAGGAACGCCCAAGGAGAAGACCGAGACCGUGAGGGAGAGCACGACCUCCUCAGCGUCUUGCUGUGGAUCCGAGAUGAAGGGGAUUCGGAGCUGCCCAUCACAACCAUAAACAUCAAGGCGAUCAUAGUGGAUAUGUUCAUGGCAGGUACAGAGACCACCUCAUCCGCCGCUGAGUGGGUCAUGUCGGAGCUCAUAAAAAACCCGGAUAAGAUGGCAAAGGCGCAAGCAGAGGUGCGGCAAGCAUUCGACAACAAGAACCCGUUGGACCAUGAGUCCAACGUUCACCAUCUGCACUACUUGAGCAUGGUCAUCAAGGAGACCAUGAGGCUGUACGGCCUGUACCCACCCAUCCCGCUCCUCCUCCCUCGUCUCUGCCGGGAGACCUGCGAUGUCGGUGGGUUUGAGGUGGCCAGAGGCAGCAGGGUGAUCGUCAACGCAUGGGCGAUGGCUAGAAGCCCGGAGUAUUGGAGCGACGACUCUGAGGAGUUCAAUCCUGAAAGGUUCGAAAAAAGUGUGCUGGACUAUAAAGGUACACAGUUUGAGUACCUGCCGUUCGGUAGUGGGAGGAGGAUGUGUCCUGGCUCCGGUUUCGGGUUGGCCACCCUGGAGCUGAUCUUGGCACGCCUCCUAUACUAUUUCGACUGGAGCCUUCCAGCUGGAAUGCAGCCGCUAGAGCUUGACAUGGACAUGACAGUUGGAUCAACAGCAAGAAGAAGCAACCAAUUACACCUCGUGGCAUCACCUUAUGGCAAGGUUACAGCGAAGAGUUGAAUAUCUUGUGACCCAAUAGUUGAAUCAAUGCCAUUGUUCCAAGGUUGCAGGCUUGAAGCAAAGAGUUCAAUAAUCAAUACUGUAUUAGCAGUUUUCAUCUAUCUUGUGGGGCUUUUUAAGAUGGUAAAUAAGUUUGAGUGAACUAAGAACAACUAGGCCCACUGAUGUAAAAUUUUUAAGACUGGAUUGGUGUGUGCAUGCGUGUGUUCUGUUUCACGGCGACUACUGUAAGGAAUGUGUGUGCUUUGCAUUGAUGUUAUAUUUUGCUGCUGUGAAAAAGGUUUGUUCUGUCAAUAAAAAAAGGGCCCUGGUCCCCUGGCAAGUUGUUCAAGUUCAA